AUGUAUAAAAGGGGUCGGAGAGUAUUCCUUCUAGUAUCAGUACUUCUAUUGAUAGGCAUUACUGUGAUUGUAAUAACUGGAGAUCAAGGAAAAGUGAUUGCCAUACCACAACCACAAAUUCCCUUUCUGCUUCAAACACCCAAGAAUAAAGCUGAGGAAGCGUUUUACAGUAGGGCGGUACAGUUGGCCGAUGACUUAAAGGCAACUGAACCACAGCUUGGAUCUGAGAUUCUUGAUACAAGAUCAAACUUCGAUACACAGAUUGUAUUGGGAACUGAAGAAAGUUUGUCGAAUGCAUUUGAUCCUCGAUUUACCUUUGGGUUAAUAUUGAAUGAUAUUUCGAAAUCAAAAGAUUUAAACAAUGUAGAGUUACAAUAUUUCCACUGGGGGGACUGGACUGAUAUAUCACAUCUAGAUGAUAAAGUAGUUAAAAAGGAUAAAAGAGAAUGUUCAUCAUUUAAAUUGAUAUUAAAGGGUAAACAAUCAGAGAUUGUGGAACCAACCACAUUUUGUUUCAACCAUAAAGAUAUUCCUAAACUUCUUGCUGAUCCAGAACUUGACGAAUCUUUCAAAAAAAGGGUUGAGAGGGCUAGAGACUUGCCAGAUCCUUCAAACUUUCAUAUAUUCCAAAAUGGUGGACGGUCUUCAAUGUCCAACAAGAUCAUCCAGGGUAAGGCAUAUUUAAAUGAGUUUAUGCCACCUCCACUGAGCAUUUUGUUGCUCGUUCCAGAUAAGGAUUUCUCCAACCCAAGAGGAAUCAAAGUAUCUGUUAAUCAAAAUCUUUCCAAUCAGAAAAGACUCAAAGACACUCCAUUGAUGCAAAACUACAUUGACCAAUAUCAGGGUAGCAGCCCUGUAAUUUUGGAUGUAAGUGAGCAAUUACAAGCACUUAAAGUUGACGCAUUGCAUACAAAUCCCGUGGAGAUGCCGGUACAAUUAUCACCUCAAUCGUUUGUAGAUAAGUCACAAGAAAUUUUGGCUGGAUUCAGCGAUAACGAUGGCGAAUUAACUUCCAUCCAUGAUAAAAGAUAUAUGGAAUCAUUAAAGUAUUCGCUUCAUUGUGAAGCUCCGCCGAAAUAUUUCUACGAGGCAAAACUUAUUAAAACAGAAAACAAAUGGCCAUUGGGAGCUCAUUAUGAUUGGAGAUUCUUCAACGGACUUAUGCAUGAAUCUGAAAAUUUAAAGCCAGUGAUUUCCAAUCUUUUAGCCAGUUGGUUCGAGCUAACCCAAACUUAUCAAUUGACUACCUGGGUUGCACAUGGAUCUUUACUCUCAUGGUACUGGAACGGAGGGUCAUUCCCAUGGGAUAAUGAUAUUGAUGUACAAAUGCCCAUUGCUGACUUACACAAGCUUUCACAUCAAUUCAAUCAAACUAUAAUUGUUGAUAUGGGUGGUAAUGAUGGAGAUCAGAUAAGAUACGGGAGAUAUUUCUUGGAUUGUGGAACAUUUAUCAGUCAUAGAAGUAGAGGUAACGGGCACAAUAAUAUCGAUGCUAGGUUCAUCGAUAUGGAUACAGGCCUUUAUAUCGAUAUUACCGCGUUGGCUGCAUCUGAUACAUUGGCACCAAAUAGAUAUGCAAAACUUGGAGGUGAUACCAAAUUCCCACUGAGUAUGGAGAGAAAUCAAAAAUUAAACCUCUACAACUGCAGAAACAAUCAUUUUGCACAAUUAAAUCAAAUAUCGCCCUUGACCCUUACAUAUGUUGAAGGUAUGCCUGCGUAUAUCCCGCAUGAUUAUCUUAGUUUGCUUGUCACUGAAUAUCAAGAGAAAAGUGUAAUUGAAAAAUCAUUCAAUGCUAUGAUUUUCAUAAAGAAAUUGCAACUUUGGAUCCCCAAGAAGAUCAUUCAAUUGUUUCUCUCUAAGAAUCCAGAAUAUCCUCAGAUGCUAGUAGAAUCUAACCAAUUGACAAGACUUGAAACCAGAGAAUUUGAUCAUUUUCUGACUUGGAAGGAUGAACAUUUUUUGAAAUUCUUACAAUAUAAUCCUACAAUUCUUGCAGAAUAUUUGGUUACUAGGAAUGUUACAGCAUUUCAUAGAGAAGAAAUCAAGAGACUAGAGUCCUUGGAUGGUGGGCAAAGUCUUUCUAACGAAGUUAAAAGAAAAUUCCCAAGAUUAAGAUCGGACUUGUGGAACAUUUUAAACAAGAAGAAACAAAUUAAAAAAUUAGAUAAGGUCACGGAUGUAAGAGGGUAG